AUGGCAAGACCUGCGCGAGCCUUCAAAGUAUGCUUGCCUCAUCCUCAUAGCACUUGGAAUGCACGGCCUCGUGGGUUUGGGGAUUUCAGUAUCAAGAGUGGCGCAUAUGGCUAUUCUACGUCAGCCCCGUCACCUGCUACGGGCGCUGUCGUAGCUGGAGCAGGACCCGGCGGCAUCACUGUCCUCGGCAACUUGCUGGAACAGUCACCACACCUCUCAGCGCGAAAGUUCCUUUGGGUUGACCCUCAUUUUGAGGCUGGCCGGGUCAACUCUAGGUACCGUGAGGUGCCUAGUAACACGAACGUCAAGCUCUUCCUACAGUUUGCCAACGAGGUCUCAGCUUUUCGGGACAUUGUCGAUGCCACCCCAAAACCCAAUGCCGUAACCGCGCUGCAAGCCCUGCCCCAGGAUAAGGGCUGCCGUCUUAGCUACGCUGCCGACAUGUGCCUCAUGCUCACAGAGGGUCUGGCGCAACACCCAGACGUGAAACAACGGCGAAGCAAAAUCAAGGCUGCCGUCCUUGACGAGCAAAGCAACGUCUGGAAAGUCACACUACAUAAUGGAGAAAAGGUGACAACGUCCCAUCUGGUGCUCUGCACUGGUUCGAGCCCAAUCUCGAAGACAAUACCUAGCCUGGAGAAAAUAUCUUCCCUGAGCCUGAAGCCGGUCGACUUGGACUAUGCCCUCAAACCUACGCUCCUAGACCAGACUCUUGACCACAGGGAGCCCGCCACAGUCGCUGUCAUAGGCGCCUCCCACUCGGCUAUACUGGUGCUAAUGAACCUGGUCAACAUGGCCAGCUCGUCUCAUCCUCAGCUGCGCGUCAAGUGGUUCACACGCAACAAGCUGCGCUAUGCCGAGUUCAUGGACGGCUGGAUUCUGCGUGACAACACGGGCCUCAAAGGUCAGGCAGCUGACUGGGCCCGCCAAAACCUUGACGAAGAGACGUUCCAGAGCAGUCUCGUGAGCAAGAUCAUUACCAAGCACUGGACGACGGGCAAUGAAGACCAGGUCUACCGGGCGGAGCUCCCCGACUGCACCCAUAUCAUUCAAGCUGUUGGUUACAACCGCAAUCCCUUACCGGAUCUGCAGAUCGUCGAGAGAGAUACCACUAUUACCAAGCCCUUGCACGUCGAAUUCGAUCAUGUGACAGGCCGCUUCUUCAAGAGUUCGGAUUCAAGAAGUAAGACGGAUCGGGAGUAUGUCCCUCGGUUAUUCGGAGCCGGUAUAGCUUUCCCGGAACGCGUAACCGACCCGCAUGGCAACGUCGAAUAUGCUGUGGGAUUCUGGAAGUUCAUGCGCUUUGCGAAGAAGGUUGUGCCUGAAUGGAUGAGCAAGGCUUAG